ACUCGGAAUCCCUGCUCAAUUAUUUUCUCAAUUCCAUCAGCAUUACGUCCAGGGCCCAGGAAAAAGAAAUAAUGCAGAAAGGCGGACGUUUAAUUUCGCUGAGUUGUAAAGGACGAGCGCCGGCGGUUUGCGAGUUGGCAAAGGCGCACCAGCCGCGGCAAGGGCGCCAGCGCGCACAUUCUUCCCCUGUCGAGAGAGUUUACGAGGUGCGUGGUCAGAGAGUCUCCCACAUUCACAUCACCGCCGUCGGCCAAGCCAGCUGUCUGUCCGCGUCUGUCAACUCUGCUCUUUGCUCACACAUACAUAGGCAGAGUGAUCAUGGCGUUCCUGAGUUGGAUGGAGAACGUGACAGAAUCCAUCCUCGGAGGGAUCACGAACGACACCUCCCUUUUGAACACGUCCCUGCAGCCACCCUUGGAAGAAGACUCAUACGUUCCAUACUCUCAGCGGCCGGAAACCUACAUCGUGCCGGUUCUGUUCGCCAUCAUUUUCGUCGUUGGAGUUCUCGGAAACGGAUCUCUGGUUCUGAUUUUCGCUCGCCACCGCCGCAUGCGCAAUGUGCCCAACACCUACAUCUUUUCGCUGGCCCUGGGUGACCUGAUUCUCAUCCUCAGUUGCAUACCGUUCACGUCGACCCUGUACACGUUCGAGUCCUGGCCGUACGGCCUCUUCAUCUGCAAACUGUCCGAAACAGUCAAGGACCUGUCGGUAGGCGUGUCCGUCUUCACGCUGACGGCGUUGAGUGCGGAGCGUUACUGCGCAAUUGUCAAUCCGAUGCGUCGGCACGCGGGCGGCAUCCUCGGCUCCAAGACCGUGACCCUCUGUGUGGCCAUCGGCAUUUGGGUAGUGUCGCUCAUCUUCGCCGUUCCUUCGGCCGUGUACUCGCGUCUCCUGGAGCAGGUGCUUCUGAACAACCACAGCGUCAUCGUCUACUGCUACCCGCUGCCAGGCAACAUCGGAGACACCCCGGUGAAGUUGAUGAUCGUCUUUAAGUUCCUCGUUUACUACGCCAUUCCUCUCUGCGUCAUCACCAUUUUUUACGUGCUGAUGGCCGUCCACCUGGAGAAGAGCGCCAGGAACAUGCCUGGAGAGGCUGCCCACUCGACUCAGGUGCAGGCGCGGAAGAAGGUGGCCAAGAUGGUGCUGGCUUUCGUGGUCAUCUUCUUCGUCUGCUUCCUGCCGUACCACGUGUUCAUGAUGUGGUUCCAUCUGAACCCUGACUCCAUGGCCGAGUACGACGACUUCUGGCACAUGCUGCGCAUCGUUGGCUUCUGCCUCAGCUUCCUGAACUCGUGUAUCAACCCGAUCGCGCUCUACUUCGUCAGCGGCACCUUCCGCAAGCACUUCAACCGCCACCUCUUCUGCUGCUGCUGCCCUGCGGUGACUCCUGAACGCGUCCGGCGCAACACCUUCGACAAGAGCCGUCGCCACGAUGCGUCUUCGCACACGCUCGUCCACUUCCACAGCUCCGUCAAGCGCAACCACGAGGUCACCGUGACAACAGCCUUCAGCCUGGACAAAACCUGAGGUCGGGAUGGCGCCACCAGCUCGUGUUGCACAGUGGCUUGACGACAGCGGAACCGUUCGCCUGAGAGUGAAUGCAACAGGCGGGUCGAGUCUGUUUUUUAGGACUAAAGCAUUUUUGGUUCUUUUGUGAGGAAAAGGAUCGAAGCAAAAUCGAUGGAAUCUCACAUGGAAACAGGGUUUGAGACACUCGAGCAGAGUGUAAGUGGAAAAGAAUACUUUUUAUUUCAUUUCUGAUUUUUUUUUUCAAAUGGAGAGGAUCGAUGAUCCAGUUCCUUUACAAAUAUAUCGUGUCUCGUGGGAAUUGUACUAAUACUUGGUGGUCAUUCUUGUAAAAGGUUCAUCAUUCCAGGUCCACUUUUAAAAACUGUGAGAACGAAAAUACUCCGUUGGGAGUAGUUCAACACUCAAGUUGUAUGACAUCAAAUAUACUGUUUUGCUGUUUAAUGUGAUAAAUAGGUUAAUGGAACUAAAAAAGUUACUCAACAUAGCUGUCAUAAAUAUAUGGACUUGAACGUGAAAGGAACUAAGUAUUAAACGGAAAUCAACUAUCUUUUGUUGCUCAAUACAGAAUAAAGUUAUCUACACCAACUACUGGAUGUAUCGUUGAACGUAAAACAAAAAUGUUUUGUGUUGAAAAUGCUCUCUGAUGUUUAAACUCUCUAUGUGGAACAGGUCACCGUGAAGAUAACGAUUUUAAUCGUAAAAACGGAAAAGAGUAAUUCAAUCCAGAUGUUUUCUUCUUCAUUGCUGUUUCUGUGCCAAGCAAGGUAGACAAACUGUUUUAGGAAGUGGUUCGGAGAAUAAUUUAAUAAUAAAUAGGAAAAAAUCCUCUACGUAGUCAAUUGAAGAAUAUCUAAGUUUAUCGCCGUUCAACAAAACUAUAUCAAUCAGACAUCUAUGCCCCACAAAUUAAAAAAAGUAAUAAUAAAUCAACUGUGUAUAUAUAUUUAUGGUGUUGCUGAAAUAAAAGAAUCU